AUGUCAAAACUUUUAGAAUCACAACAUCAACUUGAAAUUGAAAAUCUUCAAAAGUUGCGGGCUGUCCUCCAAGCCGUCAAAGUAGCUACUGACAAGAUUCAUGAAGAUAUUGAAACUAUCACUAAAAUUAAUCAUGGUCAGAUUUUACAAGAAUCAUUGGAAUUAAAGAAAGUAUUAGAGGAAAUUUAG